GGACGCUCAGCUCCUGGCCGCUUUCCACAUUCCACUGCUUUUUCAGAACCCAGGCAUCCUGGCCUCCAGCUGAAACCACUGCAUGUGGCUUCCCUCACCCCCAGCCUGGCCCCGUGACUCAGGCCCUCUGAAGGGACCAACCCUCUUCUUGGCACUCACCGGGGAGGGGGCAGGGGAAGGGGGAGCCAGGUGGUGACAUCACAGUUGGGGUAUAAAAGCUUUGAGGCAAAACGAAAUUGAAGAAGACUGACAAAUCCCGACUGCGCAGCCUGUGCUCCUGGGGACCUUUGGGGGCCCUCGGUCUGCCACUCACCACAUCAAGGCCUAUCCCGACUCCAUGCCGCCUGGCUCUCCCUGCCUUCUGUGGCUCCUGGCUGUCACCUAUUCCGUGGUUCCCGGAGUGCAGCCUUUGGCCGCGGGAGACUUGGAAGAAGAGCAAGAUGAGACACCUUUGCCAGCUGUCCUCUGUGACUACGACCGCUGCCGCCACUUGCAGGUGCCCUGCCAGGAGCUGCAGAGGGCCAGCCCGACGGCCUGCCUGUGCCCCGGCCUCUCCAGCGCCUCGCAGCCGCCCAACCCGCCGCGCCUGGGGGAAGUGCGCGUGGAAGCCGAGGCGGGCCGCGCCGUGGUGCACUGGUGCGCCCCCUCCUCCCCGGUCCACCAGUACUGGCUGCUGCUUUGGGAAGGCGGCGGGGCUCCGCAGAAGGGGCCCCUCAACUCGACGGUCCGCCGAGCCGAGCUGAACGGCCUGAAGCCCGGGGGCGCGUACAUCGUCUGCGUCGUGGCCGCCAACGCGGCGGGGGAGAGCAGAGUGCCCCCGGCCGGGGCCGAGGGCCUCGACGGCGCGGGCGGCCCCACCUUAGGUCCCUGCGGCCGGCUGAGCGUGCCGCCGCGGCCGCUCACGCUGCUGCACGCGGCCGUGGGCGUGGGCUCGGCGCUGGCGCUCAUCAGCGGCGCCGCCCUGGUCUGGCACUUCUGCCUGCGCGAGCGCUGGGGCUGCCCCCGCCGCGGCCGCGCGAGCCCAGGGGGGCUCUGAGGCCGCCCCGGGGCCUCUCCGGCCGAGCUAAGACCGGCGCCCCUCCUGGAGGAGGUGGCGGCCCCCUGCGGAGUGCGGAGGGCAGGACCGAAGGCCGGGCGCGGGGUCCCCGCUGCGUCAGUUCAGGUCCCGGACGUGCCGCUCUGCUCCGAGAGCUGAGGUUUAGAAGGAGGAGAGAGCGUUGGCACGUUUUUUCUCAACGGACUGGAAAGGAAAUAAUUUAGGCUUUAUGGGUCCAGGGGAUAAAAUCCCAAGGUAUCAUGUAGGUACUUCUAUAACCACGUAACUAUUUAAAAAUGUAAAAGUCAUUCUUAGCUCCUUCCAAGUCAGACCCCGGCCAGAUUCCGCUCCUUGGCUCGUCCACCCCUGUCACACGUCCUCGAAAGGGCUCUGCCACUAUGGGUGGCUUUACUGGGGUUUUGAGAAUAAGCUGCUGCAAGAUAGGAAUUUGGGGCUAGAGGCCAAUCCCCCUUCUGCCUUUUGUUAAGAUAGUGAGGAUGUGCCCUGGGUUAGAAUCCAGCUGUGUCUGAGGCGGGUGGAAAUAAGUACUGAUCUGGGCUGGGGAAGAGAAGGAUUGCCAAAGCUUGUGUUUUUUCCGGUAAAAACAUGAUAAUAUGCUAAUAACAAGGGCUUCCCCCUCCCAUUUGUGUUUCUUGUAUAUCCACCGUAACGACAUUAAAGGAAACCUAAAGGACUGCA